CUUCUCUUCCUCAGCCUGGCGACAGGGGCUUCCCCUCAGCCGAGCUCAGCCGCGCCUGCAGCCCGCGGCCGCCAUGCAGUUUAUGUUGCCUUUUAGUCGUCAGGGAAAGCUUCGACUGCAGAAAUGGUAUGUCCCACUAUCAGACAAAGAGAAGAAAAAGAUUACAAGAGAACUUGUUCAAACCGUUUUAGCACGGAAACCUAAAAUGGGCAGCUUUCUUGAGUGGCGAGAUCUGAAGAUUGUUUACAAAAGAUAUGCUAGUCUGUAUUUUUGCUGUGCUAUCGAGGAUCAGGACAAUGAGCUAAUUACCCUGGAAAUAAUUCAUCGUUACGUGGAAUUACUUGACAAGUACUUUGGCAGUGUGUGUGAACUUGAUAUCAUCUUUAAUUUUGAGAAGGCUUAUUUUAUUUUGGAUGAGUUUCUCUUGGGAGGGGAAGUUCAGAAAACAUCCAAGAAAAAUGUCCUUGAAGCAAUUGAGCAGGCUGAUCUACUGCAGGAGGAAGCUGAAACCCCACGUAGUGUUCUUGAAGAAAUUGGACUGACAUAACUCUCCUCCCUUGUUGAUGACUUCUUGUGGCAUUUCACACACUGUAGAUGGUCACUGCCUUCAUGUCCAUGUUAGCUAAUGGUAUAAGAUGACGUCUUGUCAGUAUUACUGUUUUGCUAAGCUGCUUCAUUCAGGCCUACACAAAUUUUUUUUUUAAAGGGAAUUUUUGGUUAAUCAAGUGAUAACUUAAGGGACUUAAACACAAAUUAGUACGAUGCAGAAAAAGAAAGGUACCUUUUCUGGAUAUUUUAAAGUUUAUAGAUCUGUUUCUCCCAAUCGAAUCAUGUUAUCUAUGAGAACGACAGACUCAGGCAAUUUACAUUCAUUAAUUACCGUCUUUGGCAAAGGAAACUGUUAAAUUAUAAUAUGCAACCUGGCUUUAUGAAACCAAAGACUAGUGUGUAGCAUUUUAGCAUAUCUGAGAAUAAAGGGAAUCGAUACUCACAUAUCAAAUGAAUUAAAAUUUAACUGUUUAUAUUGAGACUUCAGAAAAAAAACAAAUUUAUACCAAAGACCCUUAUUGGAAACUACAUACUUAAAGGGAAUACACAAAUGACUAAAUUGAAAUGAUGCGUUUUACACUAAAAUUUAUUUCUCCAGCAGUGCAAACCGGGGUCGAGGAACAGAGAUGGACUGUUUAAUAGUGAACACGUUACUUUUAAGGCCAAGGAACGUUCAAUUCCUGAGACAGAUUUCUUUCGUGGUCAUAACGAUUUAGUGACUUAGACAGCUUUCGAGGCCCCCAAGCAAAAAUGGAAACAUUGACUUACCGGAAUUCUUCACAACAGUAUCUGAAGAGAAGAACACAUUAUCUGUACAUAAGUUAUUUUCUGUAAGAUAAGUGUCACUUAAGUCAUUGUUUCAAGCACGACUUGUUCCUCCUGGGGUGCUUGUUAUGGCCAAGUUGAGUUUGCUCCCUCCACUUAAAAGUGCUGGAAACUUGAGGGCAGCUUCCUUCCCUUCCAUGGCAAUGCCUAGUUAUCAGAAAUCUUGUAAAAGCAGACACCACGUUUCAUGUAAAAGUGAGAGUCGAAUGAGGUCAAAUGACAUUAGUGGGCCCUGUAUUUUUUAAAGCUAUACAGUUGUUUCAGUGUCAACUUCUAUACAUACUUCUCUGUAUGUAGACACGUCUUCACGGUUUACACUUUUCAUUUGUAUCUGCUGGGCUGGAUUAAGCUUUGUUGUGAUUGUGACCAAUACACAUAUUCAGGCCAUGUUAGCGCUGUCUUAUCACAUCACUGAUUAAUUGUAAUAAACGUUCGACGUA